AUGGCUGCGGAGUGGUUAUUGCUGGCCCUGGCCCUGGCGCUGCCCCCGGUGUCGGCCGAGCCGCGGCGGCUCCAGAUCGGGUGGUUAUUGCUGGCCCUGGCCCUGGCGCUGCCCCCGGUGUCGGCCGAGCCGCGGCGGCUCCAGAUCGGGGUGAGGAAGCGGCCGCAGCGCUGCCCCGAGAGAUCCCGGAGAGGAGACCUGCUCAGCCUGCUCUACUCGGGCACGCUGGAGGACGGGACCCCCUUUGACAGCAGCCUGAGCCCGGAGCAGCCGUUCGUGUUCUCACUGGGGACUGGGCAGGUCAUCAAGGGAUGGGACCAGGGGCUGCUGGGGUUUUUGGGGGGGGCCGUGCUGAUUUUCGAGGUGGAGCUGCUGAAGAUCGAGCGGCGCCCGGAGCUUUAGGGGGGACCCCAAAACCCCCCAAAUUUCCCCCAAAACCCCUCCCCCACCCUUUCCAGGACCCCUCCCCCCAACCCAGAAAUUUUGGGGGUUUCCCCCCAUUUUUUUUUAAUUUUUUUUUAAUUUUUUUUGGGAAUUUUUUUGG